GGAUCCCUGCUAAAUAUAGCUGUUUCUCUCUCUGUCUUACAACACAGGCUCCAGUAUAUAAAUCAGGCAAAUUCCCCAUUUGAGCAUGAACCUCUGAAAACUGCCGGCAUCUAAGGUCUCCUUCAAGGCCCUCUGGAGUGCAGCCCAUAAUGAAGGUCUUGGCGGCAGGAGUCGUGCCCCUGCUGCUGGUUCUGCACUGGAAACACGGGGCUGGGAGCCCCCUUCCCAUCACCCCGGUCAAUGCCACCUGCGCCACCCGCCAUCCCUGUCCCAGCAACCUCAUGAACCAGAUCAGAAACCAGCUGGGACAACUCAACAGCAGUGCCAACAGCCUCUUUAUCCUCUAUUACACGGCCCAGGGGGAGCCCUUCCCCAACAACCUGGACAAGCUGUGCAGCCCCAACGUGACCGACUUCCCGCCCUUCCACGCCAACGGCACGGAGAAGGCCCGGCUGGUGGAGCUGUAUCGCAUCAUCGCGUACCUGGGCGCCUCCCUGGGCAACAUCACGCGGGACCAGAAGGUCCUCAACCCCUACGCCCACGGCCUGCACAGCAAGCUGAACGCCACGGCUGAUGUCCUGCGGGGCCUGCUCAGCAACGUGCUCUGCCGCUUGUGCAGCAAGUACCACGUGAGCCAUGUGGAUGUGACCUACGGCCCUGACACCUCGGGCAAGGACAUCUUCCAGAAGAAGAAGCUGGGCUGUCAGCUCCUGGGGAAGUACAAGCAGGUCAUUGCCGUGCUGGCUCAGGCCUUCUAGACGGGAGGUCUUAGAUAGUAGGGGACUCUCCAACUGUGGCCGUGGCCCAGAGCACCGCCAGACCUGAGUGGGGGCCCCUGGCAGACCCCAGGGGGGGUUCCUGGCCGGUCCACUCCCCUCCAGGGUGGGCCGCCACGAUGCCGAGCAGAGCUAGAACUCCCAGAGGCAGAGUCUAUAUGUGGUGCCAACUAGAAAGGAAGGUGCCCCUUCUUCUGGGAGACUGCAGCCAGGCACGGGCUGGGUUUUGGCCCCCGACUUGUCCCCUCGGCCAGGGUCUUUGUGAGCAAACUGCACAAGUUGUCUUUGGCGACCCUGACCACGGGACAAGACAGCAGGGGUUGGGGGCACUAACCCGCAUCCCCCUACACACAAGCAGAAUGACCACCAUCAGUGCCUUGGCUGACCUUAAACGGUCUGGUUGGAGCUCAGGCAGCCCGGAGGGGCUGGGAUCCGGAAGGACCCUUGGCUCCUACAGGUAUGGUGAGUUGGAACGGGAGCUGUGGUUUGAGAUGCUGCCUUACUUGGGUGAGACUGGGGAAUUCAGGCCUACAGCUCUCAGGUGGAAGGUUCCAGAAGGAGGCCACUUGGCCCUCCAGGCUCUUGGGAAGGCAGAGAGAGGCCACAUGCAGGCCAGGGAAGGAAGAGAGGCCCUUGAAAGGCUUGGCGGGCUCCCCUUCCUUGAGCCCAAAGUCUGUCCUGCCAUCCUUGCUGGCUGCGGGGUUUAGGGCCUGGACCUGGAGGUGGGGUGUGUGGGGGCGGGCAGGUUGGAAAGUCAGGCGAGGAGGUUCUGAGGGGAUCCAGAGUCUUGUGGGCGAGGGUGUGCGGAUGGAGUAAGUCAGAGUGGCAGCUCCCAUCUGAGGCCCACUGAGGCCCCGUGAGGUCACAUAGAGGUAUGCCAGGGGCACCAGAGGCCAUCCGUCACUGGUCCCUGGGGCAGGGGGAUGGUGGCAGUUGGGGUCAGGGUCUCAGGAAGCCUGAGAGCCGAGAGCGCCAUGUGCCUGACUCAGCAUGAUUGUCUAUUUAUUUUGAUGCCCUAUUUAUAUUAACUUAUUGGUGCUUCAGAUGGCAAAAUUUCACCCCCCUUUCCCUGCUCCCCUUUCUCCAACGGAAAUACUAUGACGGCUCCUCCUAUGGGAGCUGGGGGCCAGGCCUUCGCAGGACCUGGUCUGGAAGUCAAAGAUGUUACAAGGUAGGGUGAGCCUUACGGGUGAAGCUCAGAGAAGGGUUAGGAGCUGAGAGCACUGGUCAGUCUGGGUGGGUGGCGGGCAGGGGACCCGACGGCAACCCCCACUGCAACUGUGACUGGCUCUGGGGGCCGUCAUGUUCCUUGGCUCCAAGGGGCUCAUUUAACACUGCGUUCUCGGUGCUCCUGGGACUGUGCUGCUGGAGGCAACCUUCACGGCGGAGACAAAGCCCUGGGCAAGACAAGCUGCCGCUGUUUCUUUUGCCCUGGCCACCUCUAGACCAGCAGUCGAGCGGCCCCAGAACCGUCCUGACCAGCACCCAGUGAGAGGCGCCUUCUCUGGUGGCCGGAACACCCGCAGAGGGCGAGGGGGCCUGGCUGCCUCUCGGGAAGCCGGGGCGGCCCCGGGGAGGAGGCCCCUGCUCAGGGGAGGAGGACGAGGAGGCCCCGGGACGCAGACCAGGAAGCUGUGGUCCCUCCUGCCCCACCUCCCCCCACACCCCCACCCAUGUCUGGGUUCCCAGGCAGGGAACCCGAUCCUGUUCCUUUGUGCCGGGGCCAGGCGCGCUGAGCAACGCCCUCCGGUCUGGGAGCUGGGGCAGCUGCUAAGAUCAGGGUUCUGGCUUCUUCUCAAACCCUGAGUGGGGCGGCAAGCCUUGCCGUUCAGCCAGCGCGAUUAUGGUACUUUUGCACUCACUUUGCACCUCUCUGUCACCUCUAAGCACUUUACCUGUGCCCAGUGCCCCUCGGGAUGGCAAGGUGGGCAGGCGGCAGGCAGGACCCAAGACCCGGGGUUGGGGUUGGGGUUGGAGGUGGGAGUUGCCCGUCCCACUGGCAAGACUUUUGCGGCGGGUGGCAGAGCAGACCACGUGUUUUCCAACACCGUUUUAACGAGGGUCACCUCCAGCCUUGUCCAGGAUCUCAGCCUGUUGUCCCCCCUAUCACUCUGCUCCUCCUGUGAAUGUUGUUCGAACGGCUUGGGGCCACCUGGCCUCCCGUCAUCUCAUCACCCCUGGACACAGACUCCCGGCGCCGGGCAGCCUCUGAGGCUCCGGGGACCAGCAAUUCACCCCACUCCCACCCCUCCCCAGGCCCGGCCCCGGCUCUGCCUCUCACCUGCCCCCACCCCAGCCUCAGUGUUCUUUGCAGACCCCAUCUAGCAGAUGGGCACCCACUUUGCACAGCAUCUCUGAAUUUUGGAGCCUUUGUAUGGGAAAAGCUUGGCAGGGCAGGAAGCUGUCCACUUCCUCCUUUAUUUCAUCUGCUGGUUUUGCCCUGCACCUGUAUCCUGGGUCACGACCCCAGCCCGCAGAGGAGAGGGCAGCAGGUGGGACUGUCAUUUUUUUUUUUUUUUUUUUUUUGCAGUUGACUGAAAGAAUGGUAUUGGGGACCUUAUUUAUUUAAAAAAGAAAUUUAAAAUGAGAAAGCACCACUAUUUAUUUGUCCCUCCUCCUCCUUGCCUUUGUCCCCCUCUUCUUGUCCCCUCCCUGGGGACGUGCCCCCAGAUAGAAGUCCAGCUCUACCCUGGGGCUCUCCACAAUAGACAUUGCGCGUGGGGCUGGAGGCCAGAAUCAAGCGAGAAAUUAGCUUCCCUUCAGAUGGUACAGAUGCCUUUUACUUCUGGAUCCCCCCCACCUCCCCACAUCCCCGCCCCCCGACCCCAUACCUGGGCAUCGCUCCCAUCCACACAGUGAGCUCUGCGUGUCCUUCCCUGCUUCCCUCCCUCCUUUCUGCUGGAAAGGACUUGGCCUUGGGGGACAAAUUCCUCUUUGAUGAAUGUACCCUGUGGGAAUGUUUCAUACUGACAGAUUAUUUUUAUUUAUUCAAUGUCCAUAUUUAAAAUAUUUAUUUUUUAUACUGAAGGAAUACUUUUUUUUUAAAGAAAAAAAGAGAAAUUAAUAAAGAAUCUGCU